AUGGCCAUUUUCACCAAGGUGUAUGGUGAUUUGUGUUCAAGUGAACGCUUUCAUCAUAAAGGCAUUACGCACCUGAGUAGUCAGACCAUAAAGCCAGCAAAUGCUGUCUCAAUGUCCCAAGAAGAGAACAAAGAAUUCUUGCACGAUCCAGGUUCUGCGGAACCAGAUGCUCUUAAUCCAAUGUUCAACGAUCUCCAGUAUCUAUUGUUCCAACUCCGACCAAUGCAUUUCAUGUUGAAUGGGAUUGUGCUUCUUUCAGUCGGCCUUUCAAGCUGCGCUGUCAAGCAAAACAGCAUUCGCUUUGUUGAUAAACAUAUUGGGCCCACGAUUUUCCCUGGCUAUAUCUCUCCGAGCCAGCAAGUCUUCCUAGGCAGAUUUAUGGCACUAACCAAGCUGCUAUAUAACAUAGGGAAGGGAUCUUGCAGCCAAAUCAAAUUAGCUCACCCCAAACGGGCUCAUCGUCCUAACCUGGCCUUCCGUCCCAAUCAACACCACAGCCUCACGGAUUCUAUCAACGGAUAUAGGGCUUCGCAGAAUCGGCUUCGCUGUUCUCAUUUAUGGAGAUUCUUUUCAAAUCAUUUAGGUAUCUCAGAAGACCUUUUAGCACAAGUUUCUGGAAACUCAAUUCAAGAAGGAUACUGCCGUAGGGGUGACCCGGAAGGAAUAUUGUCUAUCAUCUGCUUCUGUACUUCGGGGGUUCCAGUAAUGCAGACGAUUUCGAGUAGAAUUCCCUUUGGCAUUGUUGGAGGCGAGGCCGGUGAUGUUGAAGAUGAUUAG